AUGAGACAUUGUGAUCAUAUACAUGGUGGGAUGAGAUUAAUGACUCCUUUGUCAUCUGAACUUCACAUUAUUCUGUUUGAAAAUAGUCUGAAUGGAAAACUCUACGUUUUCAUCAUGAAUGACGUCACUAAAGAAGGAAAAUGUUUUCAAGUGAUGAUACUACAAAACUUAAUUGAUUCGAAAUCACAAACAACUUCGAAGCAAAUGGAUAAAAGCUUUAAUAAUUAA